AGCUAUAGUCUGACUUCAGCUCCCUCUGAACCUCAAGCACUUCUAUCACAGGUUCUACUCUUACAAGAGCGCCCCCUGCAGCCCAUCUCUGGUCGUGUCCUGUGUGUCCCGAGCAACAGCUGCAGAAAAAGUUUUUGGAGAUUGCAGAACUUGUUUGGGGGUGAGAGCAAGAAGACUUCACACAGCAGGGCAAGGAGGGGGCAAUGUGUGAGAGGGGUGCCCGGAGGAUCUGCCUGUGCCUGGGCUGCCUCUUGCUCUUUGUGUCCCUAGGACUGGCUUGGACCUACAGGGAGGACGUGGAAGCAGACAGGGAAGUCUGUUCAGAGAACAAAGUCACCACCACCAAGUACCCCUGUCUGAAGUCUACGGGAGAGCUGACCACCUGCUUCAGGAAGAAAUGCUGCAAAGGAUUUAAGUUCGUCCUUGGACAAUGCAUCCCGGAGGAUUAUGAUGUUUGCUCAGAGGCCCCGUGUGAACAGCAGUGUACAGAUAAUUUCGGACGAGUCCUGUGUACAUGUUAUCCUGGUUACCAGUACGACCGAGAGAGACACAGGAACAGAGAGAAGCCAUAUUGCUUAGAUAUCGAUGAGUGUGCGCUGAAGAACCAGACCGUCUGCUCUCAGAUCUGCAUCAACACUCUGGGAAGCUACAAGUGCGAGUGUCAUGAAGGUUAUUUCUUGGAGGAGGACGGUAAAACCUGCACCAAGGGGAAUCAAGAAUAUGAGCAAUCUAACAACGUGCUGAAACCAGGGAUCUGCUCGGACACUUGUAAGGAAUUCCACCAAAUAAAGCAGACUGUCUUACAGCUAAAGCAGAAGCUGGCGUUGUUGCCGAAUAGCGUUUCUGAAUCCAGUAAGCAAAUCACAGCCGAUAAAGUGUUGGCCUCCACCAUGUACGUUCAGGGACCACCUGGGUUACCGGGAGCGCAGGGACCUCCAGGAUUACCUGGUCCAAAAGGAAAUGCUGGUCAGCCUGGCCUACCUGGACCACCAGGACCUCAAGGGCCACGAGGCUUCAUGGGACCAAUGGGACCAUCUCCAGAAAUAUCUCCCAUUAAACAAGGGAGGAGAGGACCUGUGGGUCCUCCAGGAGCACCGGGCAAGGAUGGGUUAAAGGGUGACCGAGGAGCUCCGGGACCAAGAGGACUUCCGGGCCCGCCAGGUUCCUUUGAUUUCUUGUUGCUAAUGAUGGCCGACAUCCGGAAUGACAUUGCAGAACUGCAGGAUAAAGUUUUUGGUCGCCGAUCACAUUCCUCCACUGAAGAGUUCCCUUUACCUCAAGAGUUUUCCAACCAUCAUGACUCAGUGGACUUUGGUUCCGGAGAGGACUAUAAACAGAGAACUGUGUCAAAGAACCUAAGAACAGACAAAACAACCCAUCAUUAACCAACAACGGACCGGGGGAAGGGGGAAAUAAUUUUAUAUGUUUUCAAUUGUAUAAAGCGAUGCACUGAUAAUGGAAAGAGUAUCUAUUUUUGUUUUUUUUGAAUUUAUUGUUAUUAAUAUUAUUAUUUGUAUUAAUAUUUGGCUUCUCGUUUGUACAGUAGCUUUACCUAAAGAAUCGUAUUCAAAGAUGGUCAACUGGAGCUCGAACGUGCUGCGUUCAGAAGAAGAAAUUUUGCAUCUUAUAGAAACUAUUACAAAAAGUUAUUUCAAAUUUUUUUUUUAAACUCCAAGGUUCCAUAAUGCCUAUUGAAUCUUUGUGUUGUCCCAUAUGGGAAAUUGUUGCCAUAGUAUUAGGUGAAUGAAAAUGGAUUACAAUGCAUUUUAUCACAGUGUAGUAUACAAAUUAUAAGCCAAAUUGAUGAGAACAAAAUGCUAAUAUUAUAAAAACUAUAUUCUCUACCCAAUACAAUCUUCCUAAGGCUAAGUGUGCACAGUGUAAAAGAAGCCCAAUUUACAUUGUGUAAAUAUAGCCUAAGGGUACGUUCACAUGCGCGGAUUUUCAGUGGAUUUUACGCUUUACAUGUGCCUGCUCGUAGGCAAUACGCCGCUACCAGCAGGCACACUGCGAUGUGCGAGUCGCAGUAUACUCGCACAUCGCGGGAGCUCUCUGCCUAGCUCAGGGCAGGGAGAGCGGCCACAAUGUGCGAGUACGCCGUGCACAUCGCUGCACUGUGUCUGCUGGUAGCGGCGUAUUGCCACUACCAGCAGGCACAUAUAAAGCCAGCCUAGAGGGGGCCUUCACCAGCGGAUCCACAGCUAAAUACGCUGCGAAAAUCCGUGCGUGUGAACGUACCCUUAGGCAGGGAUCAAGUCCUGGGGAAAAAGGGUAGGAACAAACCCAAGAUUUUCACUCAAGGACUGGUCCUGCGGAACUCUUGCUAAUGGGAACAUUCAGGGAGAUUUAUCAAAACCUGUUCAGAGGAAGAGUGGUGCAGUUGCCCAUAGCAG